GGCGGGGUUGGGAAGUGUCCGGGUUGGUUCUCAGCAGGCGGAAGUAACGUGAGGCGUCAGCGGUCGCUCGCCGGCGGUGUGAGUUGUGGACUAGCCGACCUGCGGGUUGGACCAGAUCUGCCAUUGAGUCUGGUACUUGCCUUACCUCACAGAUGCGUACGUCGUGGUUGAUGCCCGGAUCCUAGUAAAUGACAGAACGUGAGUGCCAUUCAUCCGCCGUGUGAGUUUGUUCCCGUGAUCUGUGCGUCUGUGCAAGCCGUGCUGGCCUCCGCACCGCAGGAAGAUGUUGUUUGUUCCCGUUCCUGUGGCUGUGAAGGUGCCGGGCCACUUGUUUAAUACUCUGAUACAUGUUAUUCCUGAGCGAGUGACCGGUGGAGUGUCGGGUUCUGUGCCGUCAGGGGCGCUCGUUCUCCUCCCCCUGUGCAGUCCAGGCGGGCGGUGAUAAACUCCUAAUACGUUUCCUCGUCGUUCAGUAGUGUUGUUUCCGCCCCGGUGGGGCGGGAGCCUUUGUUUCCACACUGGCUCUCGUCAUGCAGGCAGCGGUGAGCUCCUUAGGUUUCUAUUCCGCGUGAUUUAUCUGUAUUGUUUCCGCCCUGCAUAUAUGUUAGAGCGCUCGUCUCCUUCACCUGUGUGUCCGGGCGGGCGGUGUUUAUUCUUCAGCUCCUCUUAGUUAUUUGCCUUCGAUGAGAUGAUUCUUUGUUCUGGUGCCUAUUGGAUAGUAGACUUAGAUAAUUUACGUUUAUCCCUGAGUAUGGCAAUUUAUAAUUUAUAUUAAUGUGAGUGGAAUAUAGAGGCUGAGGUUGAUUUUUCUUUAUUAUUGUUUAUUGCAGAACUGCUUGUGGAUCAGGAUACAUCAACUAAUAAACACAUCUGAAGAGCAAUAAACCUCCCUCCGUGUGUUCUUACCGACACUCCUCUUGGAUGCUGGAUCCAUUUCAUGAACUGUGCCUCUUCCAAUUUACCUCAUUUACAUUGGUCCUUCGAGCCGGAUCCAGCAUUCCAGAUGGAUUCAGAUGAGGAGCUCUUCCCGGAUGUGCGACCCAAGCGGCAGAGACAACGGCCGGCCAGGUUCCAGGACUUCGAGGUGGACUACCUGGGUCGUCGUCCUCCCAGGGGACGACAGCGGGGGCCGCCUCUCUCUGAACCUCCUCCAAAGCAGCAUGCGGCUCUCUCCCCUUACGGGCCAACCCCUCUGAGUCCCCGUUAUGCCCUCCGUCCUCCUUCGGGUGGAUCCCCCAGGGAUGCUGCUCAUCUGGAAACAUAUCAGCUAGCCCAGGACCACCUGCGAAGGAGAAGCGCACUGAAAGAGCCCGUACCUGACGCCCCCCCUGCCGAUCCAUGGAUUUCUUAUGGAGGCCCCCCCUAUUCCGAUCCUCGAGUCCUCCACGAGGAGAACGCCAAGCUGCUCCAGUCUCAGCAGGCAGUUCGGGCCACAUUAGAGGAACUGCAUGAAGCUCGCACAGAAAUGAGGGAGCUGCUCAAUGUGGUCCGCGAACUCAGGAACGACAUGGACCGGUCUGCCAGUUCAACCCCCAGCCAUAGCAGUUCCAGACCUCGGGGGGCCAGUGCCGCCAUGUCCCAGCAGAAGCCCGUUCCACCACCGCCUGAGAAGGAGGAUGAGGAGGACUGGCCCCCUCCCCCUCCCCCUCCCCCACCCUGGCCUGAACCUGAAGAUGACCUGCCAGCAAAUAUGGGUGGUCUCAACCUGGGCCAACAAGUCUUCCAGCAUAACCCCCCACCUCACGCCUAUGGAUACUCGGCUCAAACACCCACUGUGUUUGCUUCACCACCACCACAGUUGGUGCCUCCUGCACCCACCAGUGGGAUCAUGCAGUAUCCUCCAGUGCAGCCUCCUCAACCACCUUACAACCCUGCUCCCAUCUCCUCCGGCUUCAGACCUCCAGGACAGCAGCAGGCCUUACCCCCUCCGAUAGCCACCAGAGCCACACCUAGCUUCCCUGUACAGCUCCCUGGGGCUGAAAAAAUGUAUAGAGGGCCCACACCAACGAUUCCCAAGUUCACCCGGCCAGACCCAAGUGAGUUCACUCGACUCCGUAUCGCCUUGGAGAAUCUUCUACCCCCAGACUCCACGGAGCUCUUCAAAUACCAGAUACUCACAGAUCAUCUAAGGCUGGAGGAGGCCCAGCUCAUCGCUGAUGCCUAUCUGCACUCCCCUAACCCGUACACGGAUACCAUGAGAGCUCUGUAUGACAGAUAUGGCCAACCUCAUCAGAUCGCUCUGAGGAAAAUAGCUGGGGUUCUGGAAGCUCCUGAGAUCAGACGUGGGGAUUCGGCAGGCUUCCAGCGGUUUUCACUUCAAGUUCAGUCCUUGGUGGGCUUACUCAAGACCCUGGGCCCCGCGGGAGAGGUGGAACUCAAGUGCGGUUCACAUGUAGCGCGCCUUCUGACUAAGCUCCCAGCAGACCAGAGAGCUGACUUCCGCCGCCAUCAGUUCAGGCAGCCUGGCGCCGUUCAUACCCUGCGUGAUCUAUCGGAGUGGCUCAGCUACGAGUCCUGGUGCCUGAGCUUCGACAGCCAAGAUGGCGCCCGACCGAACAGGGAGCGGCAGCUUCCUAAAAUGAACCCUCGCACCAAGCAAACUGUGGCAGUCUUACAUGGCCGAGAAGAACCUUCUGGGGCUGGGUAUGCACCAGAACCUGGGAAGAAGAGACCAGUGGGGAAAGCUCAUUGUCCCUACUGUCAAGGCGAUGACCACUACCUGAGUCAGUGCAGUGAGGUUGCCAAGCUCAGCCAAGAGCAACUUAAAGGGUGGAUCAAGGCCAACAAGCGAUGCUGGCGCUGCGCGCGCAACCAUCAUGCGGCUCAAUGCAACUUAAAGAAACCGUGCCACAUCUGCCAGGGGAAACACCUCCUCGCUCUCCACGAGAUAAACCUUAGGCCUGGGAGAAGGGACAAGGAGUCUGCCUCUAAGGAAGAGAGCUGUCUAACUAGCUCCGCCUCAGGCUCCCUCUACCUCAACAGGCCCGAAACCAGUGAUCGAGUCAUGCUGAAGGUGGUCCCAGUAUUGCUGCAUUACCGGGGGAGAACCAUAAGCUCCUUCGCCCUGCUGGAUGAUGGUUCGGAGAGGUCUAUGCUGUUACCUGCCGCAGCCGAGUCCCUCGGCAUAACAGGUGUUCCGGAAGACCUCCCACUACGGACAGUCCGGCAGGACAUCGAAGUGCUGCACGGACGGAAGAUAUCCUUCCGGGUUUCCCCAACUACUAACCCCAAGAUCAGUUACAAGGUUGACGGAGCCUUUACAGCCAGUCGCCUCAGCCUAGCCCAGCAUACUUACCCUAUUGAGCAACUCCAGAGGAAGUAUAGACACCUCCGUGGUCUCCCUAUCCCUGCUCUGAGGGACGUCAGACCAUCGCUGCUCCUUGGCUCCGAUCAAUCCCACCUUAUCACACCAAUAGAACCGGUCAGGCUUGGAUCACCUGGUGGACCUGCAGCAGUCCACACUCGGUUGGGGUGGACCCUCCAAGGUCCGGUCCGUUCUAUGGGGCGGCCCGAUAACUCUGUGCAGUGUCUUUUCACCUCUCUCCCCUCCCAGAUGGACGAGCUGUACCGCCAUGUUGAGAGACUCUGGCAGAUGGAUGCAGUACCUCACCGACCUGAAAGAGAGGUGACCCGGUCCAGACAGGACCAACAGGCAGUUGCAUUGCUGGAUGCCCGAACUGUUCGGACCGAGGUUAACGGGAUACGAAGGUAUGCCACCCCACUGUUACGUCACACAGCCAUGCCUUCACUACAGGCACCAAAGGAGUCGGUCAUGGCCCUUCUGCGGAGUACCGAGCGACGGCUCCUGAAAGACCCUGAGCGGGCGGCGACUUACCAAGCAGAAAUGCAGAAGCUGAUCGACGCGGGUACCUUGGACAUACUCUGAACCAGUACCUGCUGCCUGGUCCUACUCUGGGAUCCUCCCUGGUCGGCGUCCUGCUACGGUUCCGGGAGCGUCCAAUUGCGGUGAGUGGUGACAUAAAGGGGAUGUUCCAUCAGGUCCGCCUCCUCCCCGAAGACCGAUGCCUGCUGAGGUUCCUGUGGCGUGACCUGGAAGUGCACAAGCCCCCACGGGUUUUCGAGUGGCACGUUCUGCCCUUCGGCACCACGUGCAGCCCCUGCUGUGCUACGUAUGCGCUACAGCGCCACGUGGCUGCUCACUGCCAGCCUGAUGACCCGGUCAGAUUUUCUGUCACCCGCUGCUUCUACGUCGACAACUGCUUACAGAGUGUGAGCACCGCUGAAGAUGCAAAGCAGUUGGUGGACCGCCUCCGAGAUCUCCUAUCUUCAGCAGGCUUCGAGCUACGACAGUGGGCCUGUAACGAGCCGCGUGUCCUGGACCACCUCCCUCAAGAGGCCCGGUCACAGAGUCUAGACCUGUGGUUGGCCAAAGACAGAACCAGCCCUGAAGAAUCCACCCUGGGGCUUACCUGGCACUGGGAGAGAGACUCUCUGGGUUACAAGCACAGGCUGGUGUCCUACCACGAUCUGACUCUGAGGAACAUGUUCAAGGUCCUAGCUUCACAGUAUGAUCCUCUGGGCUACUUGUUACCUUUCUCCACUAGGGCAAAGCUCAUCAUCCGACAACUGUGGGACAAGCAACGCGGAUGGGAUGACACAAACCUACCUGCAGCCCUUCUUCAAGCCUGGUCAGACUGGGAGGAUGAGCUGAAGUUCCUGCCUCACAUCACCCUCCCGCGAGCCUAUGCACCUACCGACCGUGGCUUCGGGACCUCCUCAAGAGGAGUGCACAUCUUCGCCGACGCUUCGGAACAGGCUUACGGCGCCGUGGCCUACCUGAGGACAAAGACCAAAGAAGACCAAGUCCAUCUGGCAUUCCUCCUCGCUCGUUCCAGAGUGGCCCCCAAACGUGUGCAUUCCAUCCCACGCCUGGAACUUUGCGCAGCUCUGGUGGCAGCACAACUGGCCAAUCUCCUCACCAAAGAACUCACCUUGGAGGUCGACCACACUAUCCUGUGGUCUGAUUCGACCACGGUCCUUACCUGGCUCCAUUCCCAGUCCUGCCGGUUCAAGGUGUUUGUUGGAGCCAGGGUGUCGGAAAUCCAGGAACUGACCGAAGGCUGUACCUGGCGCUAUGUAGAUUCAGCCCGGAAUCCUGCAGAUGAUCUGACCAGAGGCAAAACCCUGGAUGAGCUCCAAGAUCCCAACCGAUGGUCCCACGGACCCCCCUUCCUGCUGCAGAGCCCAGACCAGUGGCCAGAAAGGCCUAGUGUUGAACCUCCAGAGGAAUAUGGGGAGCUCCGGAAGACUGCCUUCUGCGGUACUGCAUCAACCUCACCUACCCCCUGCAGCCAAGAAGACAAGGGAUAUAGUUCCUGGCAGGAACUCUUAGAUGACACCGUAGCGGAGCUCCAGGGUGUGACCUCCACUACCCCACCGACAGCCGUGGAUUACCAACACGCAGAAGUCAAAGUCCUCUCAAGAGCUCAGAAGGAGUCCUUUCCUGAGGACUACAAGGCCCUUGUUGCUGGGAAGUCAGUGUCAUCUACAAGCCGUCUCCUCAGCCUAGCACCUGUUUUUGACCAAACCACUGGCCUGAUUAGAGUAGGUGGACGGCUUCGACGGCUGGAAGAGGUCGAUGUCCCGUUGCACCCGGUCGUCCUAGAUCCUGCUCAUCCCGUGACCCAUCUGCUCAUCCGAAGGUAUGACAGCGAUCUACAUCACCCAGGUCCUGAACGGGUUUUCUCUGAGCUGCGGCGGUCAUUCUGGAUCAUCAGAGGGCGGGAGGCAGUCCGUAAACACCAACGAGCUUGUGCCGAAUGUCAACGUUGGAGAGGUCAACCUUCUGUCCCUAGGAUGGCUGACCUUCCAGAGGCCCGCCUUCGCUUACACAAACCCGCCUUUUACUCCACCGGUGUGGACUGUUUUGGGCCCAUGAUAGUGAAGGUGGGGAGACGUCAAGAGAAACGCUGGGGGGUCAUAUUCAAGUGCCUAACGACCAGAGCUGUACACCUGGAUCUCCUUAGGAACAUGGACUCUGAUGCUUACCUGAUGGCGUUGAGACGGUUCAUCGCAAGACGAGGGGCACCUGCUGAGCUGUGGUCGGACAGAGGCACCAACUUUAGAGGAGCGGAACGCGAGCUCAGAGAGGCUUUCGACGGCAUGGUCCCGGAGCUGCAGCAGCAGCUUGCCCGUCAGAAGAUCAAGUUCUGCUUUAAUCCCCCGGCCGCACCUCAUUUUGGAGGAGUUUGGGAGCGAGAAGUACGCUCGGUGAAGUCCGCGCUCUACACGUGUGUUGGGUCUCAGCCAGUUCCUGAAGAAGUGCUGCUUACUGUGCUCCUAGAAGUCGAGGCCAUCCUGAACUCCAAACCGUUAGGCUAUGUCUCCGCCGACAUAGCAGAUAUCGAUCCGGUGACCCCCAACAGCUUGCUGAUGGGGCGGCCUGAUGGCUCGCUGCCCCAGGUGGUGUAUCCGGAACCCGAGAUCCUCAGCCGUCGCCGCUGGCGACACUCUCAAGUCCUGGCGGACCAAUUCUGGGCCAGGUUCAUUCGAAACUACUUACCGGGUUUACAGACUAGACAGAAGUGGCAGACCUCCCCACCUGGUUUACAUGACAACGCGGUCGUCAUGUUGGUGGAGCCCCAACUACCUCGGGCCCAGUGGCCGGUUGGGCGUGUGGUCAGGUGUCAUCGGAGUGACGAUGGUUGCAUCAGGUCUGCAGACAUCGAGGUUAAGGGGCGCUUCUUCACACGGCCGGUAGCCCGUCUGGUCAGGUUGCCAGCUCUCCCCUCGGGGGAGGACCUUCCUCCGACCUCUAGACUUACCAAGACUGACUGAGCCUGUAUACAAUGCAAAUGUUCUAUGCACAUUUGGGGGCGGCUGUAUAAAAGGCGGGGUUGGGAAGUGUCCGGGUUGGUUCUCAGCAGGCGGAAGUAACGUGAGGCGUCAGCGGUCGCUCGCCGGCGGUGUGAGUUGUGGACUAGCCGACCUGCGGGUUGGACCAGAUCUGCCAUUGAGUCUGGUACUUGCCUUACCUCACAGAUGCGUACGUCGUGGUUGAUGCCCGGAUCCUAGUAAAUGACAGAACGUGAGUGCCAUUCAUCCGCCGUGUGAGUUUGUUCCCGUGAUCUGUGCGUCUGUGCAAGCCGUGCUGGCCUCCGCACCGCAGGAAGAUGUUGUUUGUUCCCGUUCCUGUGGCUGUGAAGGUGCCGGGCCACUUGUUUAAUACUCUGAUACAUGUUAUUCCUGAGCGAGUGACCGGUGGAGUGUCGGGUUCUGUGCCGUCAGGGGCGCUCGUUCUCCUCCCCCUGUGCAGUCCAGGCGGGCGGUGAUAAACUCCUAAUACGUUUCCUCGUCGUUCAGUAGUGUUGUUUCCGCCCCGGUGGGGCGGGAGCCUUUGUUUCCACACUGGCUCUCGUCAUGCAGGCAGCGGUGAGCUCCUUAGGUUUCUAUUCCGCGUGAUUUAUCUGUAUUGUUUCCGCCCUGCAUAUAUGUUAGAGCGCUCGUCUCCUUCACCUGUGUGUCCGGGCGGGCGGUGUUUAUUCUUCAGCUCCUCUUAGUUAUUUGCCUUCGAUGAGAUGAUUCUUUGUUCUGGUGCCUAUUGGAUAGUAGACUUAGAUAAUUUACGUUUAUCCCUGAGUAUGGCAAUUUAUAAUUUAUAUUAAUGUGAGUGGAAUAUAGAGGCUGAGGUUGAUUUUUCUUUAUUAUUGUUUAUUGCAGAACUGCUUGUGGAUCAGGAUACAUCAACUAAUAAACACAUCUGAAGAGC